AUGCAGUUCUCCGUCGCCGCUGUUCUUGCUCUGGCUACUGCCGUUGCCGCUCUUCCUCCUGCCUCUGGCACUGGCGCUGGCCAGCAAGUCGGACACUCCAAGAACGACUUCCCUCUCCCUAAGGAGUUGACCACCAAGCAGGCCGCCGACAAGUGUGGUGACCAGGCUCAGCUCACCUGCUGCAACAAGACCGUCAAGACCGGUGACUUCACCCAGGUUGAGGAGGGUCUCCUUGCUGGCCUCCUCUCCAACCUCCUCGGUGCCGGACAGGGCUCCCAGGGUCUUGGUCUCUUGGAUGAGUGCACCAACAUCCCUGUUAUCCCCAUCAUCUCCAUCGCCUCUCCUCAGGAGAAGUGCAAGCAGCCCAUCUCUUGCUGCCAGAACACCAAGUCCAGCGCCGAUGGCGACCUCGUCGGUAUUGGUCUUCCUUGCAUCGCUCUCGGCUCUCUCCUGUAA